AAAACAAAGACGUAAUAAGUGGAAAACUAUAAAAUUUUCAAUAAAAACAAUAUUAAAAAUUAAUUUAAACAGUAACAAACAUAAAGAAACAUAAAUAUUUAUUAAAAUAAAGUGAAAAUUUGUGAUUAUAUGUUUAAAUAACAAAAAGAUAAUUUCACCAUAUUUGGUUGUGAAAAAAACCUUAUUUUAAACGGCAUGUAAUUAGUUUGUUGUUGUUUUUUUAACACAAGAGAAAGUGUGGAACACGAAAUCAAAAAGUGUGCGAAGUAAUUUUUCCAAAAAGGGGGUGUUACAAGGGCAAAAGGGUCGUCGUCGUGAUUUCGUAAAGGAAUUUGUCAUUCCGUGAAUCAUAGAUAAACUAGAAUCAACAUGCUGAAAAACACGUAAAAAUUAUAACUAAAUUACUCAUUAAAAUAUAAAUUCACUUACAUGAUAACAUAAUAUUAUAAUACAUAUACAUAUGUACAUGAAUACAAAGUUAAGGAAAAUGCUACAAAAAAAGUUAAAUGAUAUUAAUUUGUGCAAUAAUGAAAUAAUAUUAUAAGGAGUUUAACGAAACAGAUGCGCUCGCUAAAGUUGCAUUGCAAUUUUGGCGAACAAGGUGCAAAACAGGCGAAACAAAAGUGGUUUGUCAACUUGUGGCGUCGUCAACUGGUAGCCAAAUAACCAAACAACCAGCCACUCAGCCAACCCUGUACACAAAGUACAGAAUAAGAAAUAAAAAACUACAUAUAUAAUUGAAAGAACUAAAAAAAAACAAAUAAGAAAUAAAAGAACAGUUGCAUUGCAUCAAUUGUGGCUAGAAGGAGUAAAAGAACGUUAGUAUAACUUUUUGUUUGAUAUCAUCGCCUCAAGCCAAAUUGUAGAGAACUAAGGCAACAGAGACAUUUCGCAAAAAGAAUCAGGAACAUUGUUCAUUUAUAUCAUUCAUAUUAUUAUCAUGGCCACAGUUACGCGUAGUGCUAGUAACAGUCCAUUGAUAUCAUUGAAUUCACCAUUGGACCCCAGCUUGUUUCCAUUAAAAUCAAUCAAUGAUGUUGUGAAUUUUUUCAAACGUUCAUUGGAACUGUACCAUACACAAAAUGUGGAGCCCGAUUUGACAUUGUUAUCAAUUGUAGCUGGCUACAUUGAAUUGUCUCUUACAACCGGAGAUGCUGCCCAAGCAGCAGCUGCUUCAGCGGCCGAACAUGCUUCAUCCUCGUUAUCACAUGCAGUAACUCCAUCAUCUUUGGCUGGUAUUGUGAGCAGUGGUUUAUCGGCGGCAGCAAACAGCGAUAUAAUUACAGGAAAUUCCGUACCAUUUCCUGAAGUCACCUACGAACUGGUAUCGGGUCUUUACAAAAAAUUUCAAAGUAUACUUUCGAUUGUGGAAAAACCGAAAAUAUCAUCAACCUGCAAUAGCCGACAGGCUACCAGAGAAGUUAUUAAAAAGGUAUCGGAUGUAAUUUGGCAUUCCUUGAUACGCAGCAGUUAUAAAGAUCGUGCACACUUACAAAAUCUAUACAGUUAUUUGUCGGGCAAUAAGUUGGAUUGUUUUGGUGUGGCAUUGGCUGUAGUAGCUGGUUGUCAACUGUUGGGAUAUAGAGAUGUACGUUUAGCUAUAUCGGAAGAUCAUGCCUGGGUGGUUUUCGGUAAUAAAAAAUUGGAAACUAUAGAAAUAACCUGGCAUGGUAAAGGCAGUGAAGACAAACGCGGCCAGGAUAUAACAUCUGGCAUAGAGUCGGGAUCAUGGCUCUAUUUAGGUGGACUAGCAGUGGUAUGUGAUAAGCCCAUGGAAGUUGCAGCCAUAGCAUCGGCUAUAAAUAUUUCAUUAUCUGCCAAUAGUGAUUGUGUUGAAGUGCAAGAACUACAACAAAGAUUAUUAUGGUUGCUUUAUGAUAUGGGUCACUUAAGAAAAUAUCCAAUGGCACUAGGUACUCUCGGUGAAUUGGAAGAAAUAAAUCCUACAUCAAAACGGGUUACCUGCGAACAGCUUUACCGAGAGGCUAUAGAAUCGGCCAAGGCCCACUAUAAGAACCAUCAUGUUUAUCCCUAUACGUAUCAGGGUAACUAUUACAAUCGUUUAAAUAAGUAUCGUGAUGCUUUUGCUGCUUGGGCUAAUGCGGCCGAUGUUAUACGCUUGUACACCUAUCAGUGUCGUGACGAUGAAGAAAUCUACAAAGAACUUCUCGAUAUAGCCAAUGAAAUGAUACCGUAUGUUAUGAAAACAGAAAGUUCCGGUCAUUCGGCUCGCAGCAUAUUGCGAGAUUCUGAAGUUUUUGCCAAUCUAUUAAGAUUUUAUGAUGGCAUUUGCCAGUGGGAAGAGGAUAGCUUAACGCCGAUUCUACACAUUGGCUGGGCUAAACCUCUGGUGAAUAAUAUAUGUAAAUUUGAUUAUGAUGUACGCUCUCAGGUUGUUAUUAAAGUACCCGAAGAUGAACCGCAGGCGGUUCGUGGUUCGAGUACACAAACAACAGUGGAACAACCUGGUCAUGGAGAUACUAUAAAUGAGGCUAAAGCACAAAAAUCGAACACGAGUGAGACGAGCUCAUCACAGCAUAUCGAGGGAAAUAAUAAUUUAGUUAAAAAAGAUGAGAAAUCAAAUGAUGGCAAAAAAUGUGAAAUGCCAACAACAUUGGCCGAUUUAACAGCAGCAUGUGGAGAAAAAAUUCUAAAUCCCGACUUUCUGCUACAAGGUGGUGGCCAACCAUUUGCGGAACAACAAAAACUAAACAAUCAACAUGACGAGACCACCAACGGUACGGAUAAGAAAGUAAACAUUUCAAAAAAUGAGACACCAACGGCCACAUCCUCAGGAAAUCCAGAUACAACAAAAACAACCACACCAACAGACUGUAAUUUGAGCAAUACGCGAACAGAACAAUCAUCAUCCUCAUCAUCGUCAUUAAUACCGCAAAUUCUGACGGCACCGACGCCUGUGAUAGACGAAGAAGAUCCUUUGCAUUACAUGUUUAAGCGACCGGUUAUAACGUUGUAUAGUCAAAAAAUGAAGGGUUUAAAAGACUUGCUACUGGCUGAAAAAUUAAACACUCAUGCAAUAUCGUUACAAGUGACCGCACAAUCGGUAGCGAGCAAAAAGAUACGUGGCGUUGAUAAACUAGGUAAUCAUACUACAAAUUCUACUUAUUCAACAGUUAAUAUAUCAAGUACUACAGAUUCCUCAACAGCGGGCGAUUCAAUUGCAGUCUCUCGGCCGAAACGUACCAGAAGGGAAUGAGUUCAGUGUAAUAAUUGCUGCUGUGACAGCGGGCUGUGCCAGUGGUAAGUUUGUUUUCAGGCUACAAACAACAAAAAUACAAACUAAUCUUUGCUAAGUAGGCUUUUUAGUGAAAUUACAAACAAACAAGAAAUAAGGCUAGACAUUUUAGGAAUCUAUAGGGGUGUGGGUAUGUGUUAAUAAUGAAUUUUAGUUCGCAGGAGUUAAUGAAAAACCGAGAGAGAGAGAAGGUAAGACACAUGUUUUUUUCUUAACAAAAAAUUUGUUAACCAAUGUGCAAAGAAAAAUAAGUCUAAACUGGAAGUUGUUAAAAGAAUUAAAUAUUUAUAACCUCAUUUAAACAAAAAAAAAAAAAAACACCGUAAUGUAUUGAGUUUAUUCUAAUUUUCUUCAAUCUUUAAUGAAACGCCUAGCGUUACAAGUUUUUUUUAACAAAAAAAAAAAUAAAUGCAUUUGUUUUGUUUUUUAUAAAAAUUCUAUUUUUUGCCAGUACACACUCCUUUUUUUAAUUAUUUAUCCAAUAUUUAGUUUAUAUUUGUUGUAAUUUAAGAAAAACUAAAUUUUAUUUAUCUUUCCAUGAUUUUUAUGGUGCUUAAAUUAUUUUACUUUUUUAUGAUUAAACAAACCACUUUAUUUACUAUAUACAUAUUUUUAUUUUUAUAUAUUUUAUUUACCUGCAAAUACAUUUUUUUUUAAUUAUGUAUCUUUAUUUCCUUUAAAAAUAACUUUCAUUAAGAUUUGAAGCUUUUUUAAAUUCUGCUAUCAUCCAGCAUAAUUACUGCAGCAUUGAACCCGUUGUUUUUUUAAAUUUCGAGUGAAACACUAUUGGAUUUUGCUAGUGGUUGUCAUAGGGGGCAAGUGAUCCAAACUGAUGUAUUAGUAGUACACCCACUGUAAUAUUUUAUAAAAGUUUGUAGUUUUUGGAGCGCCAGUGAAUAUUUGAAUAUUUAUGGUUUUUCAGUUUUUAAAAUUUUACAGUUAUUUUAAUGUCCAUUUAACAUAUGAUUUCUUUAUUGUAAAUACUUACUUGGAAGCAGGUUUGUGUGUUCUGUUUUAAUCAUAGUUUUUGUUUUCCCGCUUUAUUCCUUUACUCUACUGUAUCUUAAAAGCGCCUUAUUCGAAGUAGACAAAUUUGAGGUUAGGAAGUAAAUUGGCUUAAAAAAAGACUUUAAAUAAUUUCAGUUUUAUAGAUACCAAUGCAAAGUAGAAAUAUGAAUAUUAAUAAUGUAAUAUGAUGUGGGUAAAUAAUAUCCAUUUCUAGCACUUCGAUAAACGUCCACUCUUUUCACAAAAAUUGUAACCACAUUUUGCAAAAACCCUUUAUUUAUAUUCUUCAGCUUUCAGAGCAUCUGUCGCUUGUAAUUUAUUCACGUAACCCCGGUUUUUUAAAUGCACCCAGAGAAAAUAGUUCAGCUGUGUGAAAUCACAUCGCCAAAUCGAGAAAUUACGCGAUUGCUUAGCCGGGUGUUUGGACAAUUCACUAAAGUUCCAUGGUUAAAUUUUACGAACUUUAGACUAAAUAAAUGUCAAAGGAUGCCAGCUCAAUUCUUGACAUCUCAUAAUUUGACAGCCAAUUUAUCUUUUAACCUCAAAUGAUAGAACUGUUAUUUGAACAUGUGCUAAGACCAAUACAAAAUUUAAAAGUUAUUUAUAUAAAUGUUAGUAAAAAACUUUAAUUAUUUGUGUUAGUGUCAUUGGAUGGUAUUGGGAGCUGGAGAAAUCUUGCCAGUCGAUCUUAAUCAUAAGUUAAUUGGGCCCAAAUUAGUAGACAUAUUGGGACAGUGAUAGAAAUGCACUCGUAUCAUGAGAGGUCUGAAGACAAGUAGAACAUAGAUUUAUUGUGCUGAGAGCAUGGUAAAUGGUUCAUGGUAAAAUUUCAGAAUACUGCACCAGCUGUUAUUUGUGCCAGAGUUGCCAAAUUAGUUCUGUGAAUUGUCGCCCACUAUCCGAAUGGCAGGAUGGUAUUCAUUGAGGUCUUUAUUACAUCUAUGGGUUCCGUGACCGCCAUUUAAUGAAAUAUAUUUUGGGUAUUUGACAGGGACAAUCGUUAUACGUCAGAUGAGAUUAACUUUCUCCUAAAGGUCGGAUUGGUACACAAUUGCUGAUGUGUUUCUCCUUUUUCGCAGAAUGAUUUCAUAUGGAACUUUAACAUUCCAUUACAUCACCGCUAUAAGUAGGUACCCGGUAUGUAUCUUGAAAAUCCGAAGUCUCGAGUAUUAUUUAAUGCAACACCUUUGAUUUAAUCAUUCCCCGCGUCGUUACUUGCUGCUUUCGAAGUGAACUUCUUUGAACCAGCUUCCAAAAAUUUAGAAUUUUUUUGGAAGAUUUGGUCAUGCUUACAGCCUCAUUGUCGAAUGUCCUUUACUAUUUUAAAUUCUUAUUAAUUUUGGACUAUCAAUGCUGCUAUAAGCAUGAUAAAGAUCAUGCCUUUCUGCCUCAUUUCUAGUAUCAACUAUCCAAUACUGCAGUCUUCUUUAUCAUGCUUAUAACCACAUUGUCGAAUAUGCUUAAAGUCUGGGCACGUUAGACUCUAUACAUUCCUACGUGUUCUAAAUCAUUGUGUUAUCUUUGGAAUGAAAGUAAUUUCUUUUAAAUAUAGUAUUUAUAGUUUGAUACACAACAAAAACAUCUCCCUGGAUCAUUUGCUCGUCUAGCCGCUAUAUAAGAAAGUUUUCUGAAAGAAUUUGCUUGGGUUUAAAUCGUUUUUGUUUUAAAGGUAAUUGCAUCAAAUCUAUUAAUACAUAAGUAUAUUUAUGUUCUAUAUACAUGCUAGUUUAUGCAUAGUACUUGUCUUUUAUUAUUACAUACUUCCUAAUACUUUUUGUGAUAUGUUUUUUUUUUUAUUUUAAUUUUAUUUUACAAACAAUUACUAAAUAAUUUUUAUAUGUUCAAUUAGUAAAUCAAUUAUUUCCCACAAUUGUUAUCGCAACAAUUCAAGCACAAAAUAUACAAAAUAACGCUCAAUGUUAAAAAACUUUAUUAAUUUUCUUUUUUUUUUAAAUUUAUUUUUGGUAAACAAAUCUUGUUGCAUUAAAAAAUCCAAUCUUUUUUCAUCCUUUUUUUCUUGAAAAGUAUUUGUUAAAUAAUUGAUUGAUAAUAAACAUUUAAAAUGAAUUUUGUUAAAGACAGUCUGUGAUGUAUUGAAAAUAUAACAAAUAAAGAAAUAUUUAAGAAAAACAAAAAUCAAGCACACUAAUUAAUAUUUAACUAACUAACUUAUUAUAUUUUUUUGUAACUAUAAUAAAAAUCUAUUUAAUUCUAUUCUCAUUAAAUAACUACAAUGAUAAGAUGAUUUAGUUGUUGUCUGGGACUGUGAUUCUGUAAAGAAGCUUUUUAUUCCUAAGUAAUGUUUUGCUUUCUACAAGUUUUUAAAUGUUAGUAAAACAAUGUCUUAACAAAUAAUAUAAAUUGCAAUGUUUUUACGAACCAAACCAUGAUGAAAGACUACAAUUUUAAUUAGGAAUUACGGUCCUGUUUUUUUAUUUGAAUACCCUUUCGUAAAAAAACUAAAAAUAAAUGUUGAAUGUUUAAUUAAAAGUAAAAAUUAUUAAUAUAUACACUUACAUAUAUAUGAAAACAAAACAAACAAAAAUAUAUAAACAAAUCAUUAUUUAGUAUUAAGUGAAAUACAAAUCAUUAAACCUUAAAAUAUGUUUGGCGAAAAAAAUAUAUAUUAAUUACUACAAAAUAUAUAUGAAAUUACUUUAUUUUCUUAAAAUUUAUAUCAACUAACAAAUAUUACCACAAAAAAACUUUUUGGAAAAUUGUAUUUUUAUAUUCAAAAUUAUAUUAAACAAAUAUUUAUGUUAACAACAAAUCAAAUAAUGUCUGGGGAAAAAAUCUUAUUAUUUUUUUAUGUCAAACACUACUUAAUAAAUGCACUUAAAUUAAUAAAACAAAAAAAUAUAUAUACAAAAAAAAAAUACUAAAAAAAGAAAAAGAAAAACAUAGUUCCGCGUAUACUUUAUACACACUCUUUUAUGCAAUAAUUAUCAAUUGAAAUUUUAAAUAGAACCAUAAUAGUACAUAUUUAACCAGCUUAGCUCAAUAUUACAAUAAUUAAUUAAAAGAAUACAUACAUAAUAAUUUACAAUAUCGAAUUACUAAAUCAAAAUAAAUACCUAAUAAAAUAGUUCUUUUUUUCCCUUCAACUCCCUCAAAUAAUAACAAAUAUACAACCUAUACAUAUAAAACUCCAUAAAUGUUUAAAAUGUUAAAAAAAAUAAAAGAAACCAACAAUAAAGCUGAAAAAACUAUGUUAAAAUUA